UUCCAACUACUCCUCCUCCUCUCUUUUUUCCCUCUUUCUCAUUUGCUCGACUUAAGCGGCUGCGCCUUCUCGACCUCGUCAUGAGCGCUUCUUGGGGCUCCCCGCAAUGCUUCUGGCUGCUGGUGCUGGCCGCCGCGGCCGUGCAGACCCUCACACUGGUGCUCAGCGUGGUCUUCUUCAACAGAGUCCUGCACACGAUGCAGGACAGUUUUUCCGGGGGGAGCAUGUCAUGUUUGACCGACGUCAAUUUCGAGUUCCCGACCGAUGAGAAGACGAGUGACCCCUGCUGGCAAGUUUUGCAACAACUCCGCUACCACAUUGAAAAGGCGAUGGCGGCGAGAUUAGAGAAGGACAUGUCUUCCGGCGUGACAAAUAAGCUGACAGACGUUCUUCCUUUCCUGCCUGACGGCCACGUUCGUCCUGAUGUGGCGGCUCACGUGACCGCCACUUCAUCCUCACAGACGCAAGAAGACGGUGCGAAGAGCCGCAAAGGUCACCUGGGCGAGCGCGUGACGGCGUGGGAAGGACACCGAGGGGAGUCCUUCCUGCACAAUGUGGAGCUGAGAGGGGGAGAGCUGCUGGUGCCUCGGGCAGGGCUCUACUACAUCUACGCGCAGACCUACUUCAGGCUCUACUCCACCUGGAGCAAGGACCAGGAGGAGGAACAUGACCACAACCCAGACGGGGAGCAAGAAGGGGCCCAGCUCGUCCAGUAUAUUUAUAAAAAGAUGAGCUCGUACACGGCUCCCAUCCUGCUCAUGAAGUCUUCGCGGAGCGCCUGCUGGCCGCGAGGCAGAGAGCCCGGAAUGUUCUCCCUCACCCAGGCGGGCACGGCCUUCCUGCAGCCUGACGACCGCCUCUUUGUGGCCGUCGGCAACGCCAGCGCCUUGGAGGCGGACGGCCGGGCCAGCUACUUCGGGACUUUCCUGGUGGGCUAGACCCGAGCUCGGGACCUCGUGGUCCGCAGCCUCCGUACGGGAUUGACUGCUUAAGUCACGCUGUCAUGAUCACGCGGCGCGCUCGGCAGAUAAUGAGCCAUUGAUGUUUGCAGUCAACAUUCAGCGUGCUAAAAUGUGCUCAAGUGAGGAUAAGCCGCGAGGGCUGGAAAGCGGAACGGCUGCGAUGGCGGCAAGCAGGGCUUUUGCUUACGUAGGCAAAUAGAAAAGCGGCGAUGCCUUGAGUUUGUCUGGAUACAAGCUGAAGCCAAAUUGGACGCUAAAGUCAAUCCUGCAAAGUUCAUCUAAAGUCACUCACGAACCUUAGGUUUCAAGCCAAGGCAGGGCUUACCGCUAACAUUAGCAGUAGCUUUGGAAACUAACAGAGAGGAUAACUUGGAUGCUAACACUGGAAGCUAACAUGACUUUUUUCAUUUUUGUCUGGAAAGCAUUCGGAGCCACACACAGAGACGCACACACACACCAGUGAAAAAGUAAAAAACUAUCAUUUAAUUGACGUGUCUGUCUUACUGGUCGAGUCCAUGUCAUGGCAGUGAAUGUUUUCAUCUUCAAAUGAUUUUAGCGAUACAAAAUAAACAACAACCUAAAACUAAUCCGGCUUCAAGUAAUGCCCCAAAAGACACACAUCAACGCACACAUAUAGGGAAGAUUACAUUGUUUAUGCUGAUGGUUGUGAGGUCGUAACGCGCCCGCUACCAACGGAGAGCUGCUUCAUAUCGCGCUGAGAGUCCUCCUCACUCUGUCGCCCAUUAUUAGUUUUUUGUUGGUUUUCGAUAAAUAUCUUGUUGGUCCCACGCAUACUGGACCCAUACAGUGAUGACGCAUUAGGAUGACACUCGCACACACACAAUCGCACGCAAUACUCUUGUUUUGGGAGUUGGGGUAGAGAU